AUGCGUGUGAAGAGAUUGGAAAAUGAUAACAAAGAGUUGGUGAAAAAGAUUGAUUCUGAUCAGUCAGAGAUAGAUAUCUUGAAGGUGAGAGUUGCUGAGCUUGAGGAAGAAAAAGCUCGACGAGAUGAACAAAAUGAAUACUUUAAGUUGAAGAACAAAGAGCUUGAAGCAGCUAAGGCAUUCAGAUAUCAUGAAUUCUAUAUGCUGAAUAAAGUAGUUGAAAGUAUGCUCGGAACGUCUGUGGAACAAAAGUUUGAAGAAUUGCAAGUUGAAGAGCUCAGGGCAGAACGUCAAGUUAAAAUUGAUGAACAGAUGAAAGACAAAGGCAAAGGCGUUGGAAGUAGUUCUGCAGUGACUGAGAGAUCGAUUGUUCCUUCUAUGGUUGUUGAAAAUCCUGAACCUAUCUCUGCUAUCUCUGGUUUGUUUGAGGAUUAUACACCUCUUGAAGAGUUAAUGGGUGACAGUGAUGACGAAGAUGAUGAAGAGGAGGAUGAAGAGGAAGAUGAUAAAGAUGAGAAAGUCUAUUCUGCGAGCAGUCAUGGUUCUAACAACGAUGACGACGAUGCUCAGGGUGGUACAAGGUUGAAAGUUACUGAGGCUUCUACUGAAAAGAAUGUUGAUGAUUUGAUGAAUGAGUCAGUGAACGAAGAAUCAGGGGGAGCUGAUAGACAGGGGGAGUCAGGUGAUGCACAGAAUGUUCAACAUGCUGAGAAGUUGAUUCUGAGGUUGGAUACUUAUCGUGAAGAAGGAGAACAUUUCCAUACUUACACGUUGGAAGCAAUUAAGGAAAUGACUCGCAUGGUGAAUCCUGACUUUAAGUUCGAUUUUGAAGAAGAAAUGAAUGCCGAGUUUGAAGAAGAGUUGAAUGCCUUCGAUAUCAAUCAACAGCUUGCAUAUGAGUAUAGAUAUGUUGAAGAGGCUGAUAUGUAUGAUAGAGUUGAAGUUGAAGACUGGACGGAUGAUGAAAAUCGUGAUGAGUUGCGAAGAAAAGUUGCUGAAAUUUUGAAAGAUGUGAACUUUGACGGCACUCCAAAAGAUAUGGCAACAGAAGAAAGGAAAAAGUGGUUCAAAGAAAGUCACGAGAGGAAGUUCAAACGGCCGUUAAAGUAUUAUCAACGUGAUCGAAGCGUAUCUCUCGGUGACAUCAUUAGCUGGGGUUUUCUGCCUCAAGUUAAUGCGUAUGCAAUCAGAAGAGAAUGUGGCGUGCAAUAUUUUGAAAAGUUACAUGAUAUUAUGUCACUUCCAUGGUGGGAUGUGGAUGAGUUGUCAAAGGUUAGAACCUUGGGAUAUCCUGUCAGGAAGAACAAUGUUUCUAUAUGGGGUUUGAUAAAGUUCGAGGCUUUGAGAGACUUCAAACACUGGAAACCACAUUAUCCGAAGAGAGUUACAAGAAGAGAUCCAGUGACGGGAGUUGAAGAGACGAUUCUUAAUGUGAAAAAAGCCGAGAAUGAUGAAAACUAUACCAGUGCCAUCAAUGGAGCAAGAGUUUUACAAAGGUUUCAUGGGCUGGGUUUAUAG